AUGUAUCUCCCACGUUCUCUGAUAUCCAAGCUCUACUCGCACCUUCAAAACACUCGACAUCCUCUCUCCCCGGCCGUCCUGAUCCUCGUCGCGCUCGAACCGGAUGCUCUCUGCGCUUGCCGUAUCCUUACUCGCCUCCUCAAACAUGACUACAUUCCGCACAAGAUCCAACCCGUCGCAGGCUACAAUGACCUGGAGAAGGCCGGAAGGGAGCUUGUGGUCCCGAUGAUGGAGUCGCAGGGAGGCAGUGGAGGAGUUGUCGUCUGCCUCGGCGUUGGAGGCAUGGUCGAUCUUGGCCCGUUGCUGGGAUUAGAACCUGAAGGUGAAGAGUCUCCCUACAGCGGCGUCGAAGUCUGGGUCUUUGAUGCUCAUAGGCCUUGGAACUUGGCCAAUGUCUUUGGCGGCUUUCCUCUCGAGCCCCCGAAUCAAGUAUCGAGUUCAUACCAGUCGAGGAGUCCGGCAGGAAUCACAGGAGGCGCCAUCAAUCGAUCAUACAACUCAGGCAAGGGCGGCAUCGUGGUGUUUGACGACGGUGAUAUUGAAGGGGACCUCAUGACGGAGCGUGAUGCGUAUCUGGCGCUUCUGGAUAUGCCAGACAUUGAGGAGCAGGGCGACGAGGACUCCAGCGAAGACGAGGACGACGAUGAGGCCCAUUCUGGUCAAGAAGAUGACGACGAGGAAGAGCCGCCUCGUCAGCGGCGACGAAGUAAUUCCUCAAGUUCCAUAGCCAGCUCUCCUCGCAGACCAAAGCCCAGAGGCCUACUGUCAAUCCGAGAUCCUGCAGUGCUGUCGAGCGACCCCGUCGAACCUCCAUCAGGAGCCCAGCCUCCGCCAAAAGUUUCUGCCCGCACCCUGCGAAAGCGAUUAUUACGAAUGCGACAAGAUAAAGAAGCCGUCCUACACCAAUACUACAGGAUGGGAUCGUCUUUUGCAGAACCCAUCUCGUCCAUGAUGUACUCGUUGGCCUCCGAACUCGGUCGCGAUGACAAUGACCUUCUCUGGCUGGCUAUAGUAGGAGUUACAUCGAUGGAGCUUUACGGACGGUCAUCGGCGGGCGUCGCCGCCCCCGUCCGCUCUGGUGGAGGUGGGAGACCAUCUGGGUGGUUUGGCGUGCGAGGUGCUCGCCUGCGACAGCUCUUGCGAGAUGAGGUCCGGAGGUUGAACCCACCAGAAAUGACAAACGGAAAAGUUGCCCCUGAAAAUAACGGCAUCAUACCAACCACGGCCAGGAACCCUGAAGACACGGGCAUUCGCCUGUCACCAGAGCCAAGGUUUCUUCUGAUCCGCCACUGGAGUCUCUACGACAGCAUGCUACACUCGCCAUAUCUCUUUUCCAGACUAAGAACCUGGAGCGAAGCGGGUAUCAAGCGGCUUCACAAGCUUCUCGCCAAGAUGGGAGUCAGCUUGGCGCAGUGCAAACAGAGCUAUACGCACAUGGACAUGAUGCUGAAGCGCGAGCUGAGAGCAAAGCUUUUGAAGUACGGAUCUCUAUACAACUUGGACGAGAUGGUCCCGGCGGUCGACACAGACGGCAAAGAUCGAGCGGGAGCCAAGGAUGGAUGGGGCUUUGUCCGCAGCUGGGGCUGGCGUGCCACCCUCAGCGCUCAGGAUGUUGGCGUUGUCAUUGGUGCUCUGCUGGAGGUUGGACAACAUGCUCAAACUUUGGAAACAACAAACGGAGGACCAAGCCAGGUGACCCGCGAGAUGGAGGAUGAGUCAGAGUUGGCUGCGCAGGGCGAGGAGUGGAUUGGACGCUUCUGGGAAGCGUAUGAUGCAUUGGAAAAUAUUGAUGCUCUCAAAGCCGGACUGCCGACGGCGCAAUUCCUGCACCGCGCAAUCUACCGAACAGGGACAUCUCUCAUUAACAAGAAGCAAAUCAAGCAUCUCCGUGCUUUCCGCAUGUGCGUCGUCAAAGACGGCCCAGAUGUUGCUCUCUUCACCCACCCAGCCGCCUUGACAAAACUGGCUCUCUGGAUAGGAGAGGCUUUGGCUGAACAAGAAAAGGAAUCCCAGGGAAAGCUGUCACAUGGCGGUCGUGGAACACCCCUGGUAGUGGCGAGCCUAAACGAGAAGCGUGGAGUCUACAUCGUCGUUGGUACUGGUGGUGGCGGAGGACCUGAUAGCGUGUUUAUGAACAAGGCUACUAAGCAAGAGAGGCAAUCAAACAAAGAGGCCAAGGCAAAGAAGAAAGAGGAGGCGCGAAAGGCGAAGGAAAAAAUUCGCGAAGAGAAGCGUGCGGCUAAACGAGCUGCGAACCAAGGCAACGACGACAACGACGAUGAUGACGAACUGGAGACGGAAUCUGAAGGGUCCGACUCUUCUGAAUCGGAAGAUGACUCGGAUGACGAAGAUGCUGAGAACGAUAGAGGUUACGGCUUGAACAAGUUUGGCAACGCAUUCCAGGAAGUCAUCUCUGAGACGAGCGCGCGAGUCCGAAUUGACAGCUUCGAGCACUCUGUCGUGGAAGUCAAGAAGGAGGAUCUGGGAGGAUUCCUCGAGAGUCUCAGUGAAAAGGCCGUGGUGGGUUAA